CUCUUCUACAUAAUCUGUUACUUAACCAAAUAUUAACUUAUAAUAACUUAUUCUAAAACAUUUUAAGCUUUCAAAUGAUCGUUUUAUGUGGGUACGAAGUGUCUUUUUGUAAUAAGAAAUGAUCUGUGGAGUUUGUUCACCGGUCUCGGAGUGGUUGGGCUCCCCCGCAGUGUGCGAGUAAAGGUCCGGCUCAAAAUGGCUGUAGAGAAACAGUUAUGAAGAUCUGUCGCUGUUGAUGAAAAAUGGCCAUGUCGUGGGUUUCAAACUUAGGAGGAGAGCCCUGAGGGAGGCGGAGGACAUGCACGGGAAGGCAGGAAAGGGUUACUUUCCAUGUUUCCUGUCCAAUUCCCACAGCUUCAGCUCCUUUCGGAUCGCUUUCUUCAUACUAAACAUUCCCAGGCUCCCAUAACCUCCUGGCUUCCUCGCACUGGCCAAGAGCGGUCCCAGGUGUGUUGCUUCGUGGGAAGACGUGCUUGAAGACCCGUGGUUUCCUGUGUGAAAUGCUCUGGCGAUGUUUUAGCCUCAGAGACAACGGCAGCCAUGAAAACCCAGGAGCAGCGGUCCAGUCCCUUGAAAUCUCACGUACAAAGUGAUCCCCGUCUCAUGGCACAGAUGAAGCCCCUUCAUUUUCGCAGCAUUGCACCUAAAGCCCCAAUGGUGGCUUCAACUUCUACAGUGCUGUCCCACCAACCACCCCCUGCCCUUCCAGAACCAUCCACAGCUGUGAGCCCCAAGUCCAUCAUUGUACCUGCACAGAAAUAUGCCCUCAUGCAAGUGGCAGGACAAGGAGGUUCUUUCUCACUGGUGGCUGUACCUCAGACACCACAACCUCCUCCUCCACAACCGCCACCACCUCAACAGCAGCAAAUCCAGAAGAACCUAAAGCUACCUAUUCCUAGAUACCAGCCAAUUCGAUGCAAGAGAACCCUGGAAAAAGCCAGUGGAACAGCUCAGACUACAUGCUCAUCUGCGGUGAAAGUAAAAUCUGAGAGUCCAGAACAGUCAUCUGAACUGAUCUUGAGGACAGACUCUGUCUGUCAGACUAAAGUUUUGUUACCAGAGAGUGCUGUCCUGUAUCCAGGGUCACAGACACAGAAACCUAUUAAACCUAUCGAAAGACGAGUGGAUUCUCUCAGCAACCUCAGCUAUCCCACUAUAGCCACCACAGCUACAAUCGUUGCUCCUGUGGCUAACAACUCGCCCAUCAAAGCCCAGGUAGAACGUGCAGUCUCUGCACCAAGUGCUAUUACUGUCCUCUCCCCCACUAUCUUCAGUAAACCAGUGCAGAUUAUUCGCUCUCCCCCCAAGGGUAAGCUCCCAAUCCUGCCCUAUGCCAAGGUGAAGAACUCUCUUUUGCCAUCUACUGGUCUUGUCAGUGCCCAGCCCCCAGGGAAGAGUGCGUCAAUUCAGGCCAAAAACCUGAUCCUAAAAAGCCCGCUGGACAUCAAAGCCAAGACCGUAGACUCUAGCAGCAAGAGCAGUCGCCUCAGCCAAGAUUCAGAUGCCACCCAGUGCAAGAAACCACCUGACAAGAAGCGAGGAAGAAAGCGGAAAACCAUGGAGGAUGUUCUAGCCUUCGAGGCGAGAAAGAAGAGAUCGCUGACGUUCUUCCGUGGGAGAGUACCAGAUAAACCACCACCUGGAACUCUGGCUUUUUCCUCUCAGAACAAGGUUGUGGACAUUUCAAAGAAGUACCGCACCAUUCGUCCAAAGCCUGUUUUAGUGAUGGAAACAACUGUCCCUCAACUUGUACCUCUUCCCUCUAUGCCAGCCUCUGAGAACGUUGACCAGGAGGUCGUCAUGAGGCAGCAGAUCCCAGGAAAACCUAUAAGUAUUACUCGGCCAAGCUUAGUGACCGUACAACCCCCUGGCCAGCAGCCUGUGGCUGAAGCCACAAGUGGCAGCAAGUCCACAAGCAACCAUCCACGCGCACUCCACCGAUGUCCUACCUGUAGUAGGUGUUUCCAGUUUAAGCAUCAUCUGCAAAGUCAUUUGAACAGCCACAAUAACCUGAGACCGUAUGGUUGCCCAGUGUGCAGGAAGGCCUAUGCUCAUUCGGGAAGCUUGAGUACACAUAUGAAGCUGCACCAUGCAGAAGGAAGGCCAAGGAAGAGCCUUCGCUGUGAAUUCUGCGAGAAAGCUUUUGGCUAUGUUGGCGUGUAUUUCAGCCACCUCAGAGAGGUGCACAGGGUUAUACUCACCGUGGAGCCAUCCAUCAGCCAGCACGAGGAGAAUACUCCAAUAGAAGGGUGUACAGACACUGAGGAGCAGACGUCAGAGCAGCACGUGGACCCGGUGGAACUGCAGAUCAAAUGUGGCCGCUGCCAGGCCAUCACACCCACCUUCGCUGACAUGAAGCUGCAUUUGCUUUAUGUCCACGGAGAGGAAGUGCAGGUUCGUCUGAAGGAGGGGGCCGUGCACGGAGGCCGCGAGGCCGAGGACGAGCUGGUCAAGCACGCGGCCCACUACUGGAGGCAGCUGAACGAGCGGCGUAACCUGGUGCGCUGUGGGAACUGUGACGAGGAGUUCUUCUCCUUCUCCAAACUCAAACGCCACCUGAACUCCCACCACCAGGGGGGGACAGAGAGUCCAAAGGAGGAGCAGGAACAGGAGCAGGAACAGGACCAAGGUAAAGAGCACACUUCUGGGGGAACAGCUAGGGGUGUUACCCUCAGAGCAGGUGCGCAGUUUAAUUGCAUCCUGUGCAGUGAGGUUUUGGACAGGAAGCAGGACGUUCUGGAGCACUGGCAGGAACGUCACAACUGUGAAAACCCUGCCGUGCUGUGGGAAGUACUGGAAUCGAGGGGAUGUGGCCCUUUUUUGCAACCUAAAGUAGCAUCGUAAGAAAGGUAUUUCAGCAAGUUCUCCAUUAAUGUUAAUGAUAAACGGCAGCACAGGAAAAUAAAAAAACAAAACAAAAUCAUCAGUGGAGCUUUUUUAUUAUUAUUUCUUUUGUAUCAUUUUCUUGCUUUUUGCGCUGUGUUUUGAUAUUGACUUUUUUGUAUUUAAUUUAUAAGGUUUCCUUUUUGAUUUAUCCAUUUUUUUAAAGUCAUGUUGAUUUUGUUUCUUUAUACAGGACAGAACAUUAGAGUCUUAGAGAAUAAGAUUCUGAAACAGUAUAUUAGGAUUGCAACUGUGUUAAGCCUUUACAUUGUACCACUAAGGCUGUGUUCACAUUACAAGCCUGAUUUUUUUUUUUUCAAUUCAGAUUUUUUUUGUCUCUCUCUAUCGGCUGUCUAUUUACAGGGGUUGGGCAAUGAAACUGAAACACCUGUCAUUUUAGUGUGGGAAGUUUCAUGGCUAAAUUGGACCAGCCUGGUGGCCAGCAUAUCACCUAAAAGAAUGAACCACAUCCAACAGGAUUAACUGUGGAUGCAAGAAGAAGCUGUCUGAAAGGGAUGUUUGGGUGCUAACCUGGAUUGUAUCAAAAAAACAUAAAACCACAGCUGCCCAAAUCACGGCAGAAUUCAAUGUGCACCUCAACUCUCCUGUUUACACCAGAACUGUCUGUUGCGACAAUAAAUUAUUGUGGUCUAAAACCAGGUGUUUCAGUUUCAUUGUCCAGCCACUGUAUCUAUUUGGACUGUUCACAUUCGUAGAAUCAUAUGUAAGUUUCUGCCUGUAAUGUGGAUAAAUCUGUCCAUUUGCCAGAUUUAUUGCUGAAUUAUUACUCCCUGCCAGAAUCUGAUUCCUCGUAAAUGAUUUUUUUGUAAUUUAAAACUUAUUUAUUGUUUAUUUAUAAACUUAUACCACUAGAUUUUGGCAUGUAAUCUGUUGUGCCCAUGCAUUGUGAUGGAUUCUUUCAGGAAGUCAAAAUUUUGCAUACGCAGCAUCAGUAAUGCAUGCUUACAAGCGAAAACACAUACAAAAUCUAACCUGAUCUGAUUGUUCACAUUCAUGUUUUUGCCGUGUCCAUGAAUUGAAUGCGUUGAAUCUGAUUUAAGACCACAUAUGAAAGUAAAUCAAAUCAUUAGAUAUGAUCUUUUUAAUUCUGUGUCUAAACAGAUCAGGCAUUAAGACAAAAAACUGUAUUUGAGUCACUUAAGCUUGGUAAUGUGAACACAGCCUAAAUGAAUUAUUCAACAAAAAGUGCUAACGUUAAAAACUGGUGCGUCAUACUAACUUACUGUCGAAUUUUACUGUUAAAUUUAGGACUAGGAUUAAGAAAAAUCUAUAGUAACCUUACUCAAUUUAGUUGAACAGUGAUGAUUGUAAUAUGGUGCUAAUAUAAAACUUCAUUCAAAGCCUCUAUAUCCCUCGUCCCAAAACCGGACUUGGUCUGUGGACUUUUCAGAGAUGUUACUGUAAGAGAUAUUCUAAAACUAAUAUAGAUACAUAUAUAUCUGUUCUAAAGAAACACAUGCGUGUGUGUGUGUAUGAGCAAAAGUGUGUUCUAGGUGUUCAUUGCUGUGUUUUGGCUUUUGAAAGACGUUUUUCACAGUGAAAUGUGUAAAUUUAUUUAAAUAGUCUCGUGAAAAAUAUAAAUAACAGGGUAACUGAAUGUACCUGGAAUGUUUUAUAGUCCUACCGAACAUUAUAUAUAUAAAUAAAUAUAUAAAAUAGAUUAUAGAUUAUAUUUCUCUGGCUACAUAUAUGGACAUAGAUAUAUUCUAUAGAAUCUAUAUCUUUGCAAAGAAUACAUGCCAUAAAAAAACCCAUCUGUUAUAUUUUAAAUUUUAUUUCUUUCUUCAAGAGAAAAUCAUUUUAAAGAUGUAAAAAAUCAAAUGUAAUUUUGAUUUUAAAUCAGCUUAUCUUCAGGUCUUGGUAUGUACAUUAAUACCGUAUUGCUUUUUGUCAAUUUUUGGACCCAGAUCCAGUUUGAUCCCUCUAAUUCAAACACUUGUCAAUGGGGAAGCUUUAUUAUAUAUUUUACAAUGUCAAGUUUGGGAUUAUUAUAUAUUAUAUAUUCAGAAAAUGGUAAUCAAGGUUAUAAAGGCAAGAAAGGUCUUUUACCAGCAUCUAUGUUCCUGCGCGCAUGAAAAAUACAAGGAAACAUCUCCAAGUUAUUGGUAAAUAUUAGUUAUUUAGGCUAACACAUACAUAACAUGUAUAAGCAUUGAAUAUUGUGUUCAAAAAGUGUUUAUGGCACAAAAGGUCGAUAAAACGAUAAAAGAUUAAAUAUUUGACCAAAUUAGACCAGAUUAGAUUUGACCUUUUAUAUAUAUUAUAUAUAAAUAUAUUAGAUAUUGAUAUUAGAUAUGAAACAUCCUUCCAAGAAUUGGCCUAAUUCCAAGCUUUUUUAUGUCAGUUUUAUAUGGUUUAUUUUAUUUUAUGCACAAUUUUCAAUUGGAGAUAGGAGAUGCAUUCAACAUUCAUGUCUACAAUCACAUGUAUUGUUUGUGAAAUAAUAAAAAUAUUAUUAUUAUUAUUAUUAAUAAUAAUAAUAAUAAUAAUAAUAAUAAUAAUAACUCACAGUACUUUCAUUUUUCUGUUUUGUUCACCACUGUUUUUGUUUUAUACAUAGCUAUUAAAUCUAAACUUUAGAUUACAGGUGUCAAAAUCUGUUAUAGAAAGGCUAAAUGGUGUGUUUAUAUCUGCCAUAUAUAUCAUUACUUGUGAAAGGUCCAUUGUAGCUGUGUCAAAAGUUAAACACAUUUCUUGUUAAUUAUAAGGGAUGUAAUAUCAUCUAAUCAUAAAUCUGCUCACAAAUACUUGCAUAUAAACUGAUAAACACCUUUUAUGCACACAGUUCAAUGCUUGCACAUGUUAAAGUUUCUGAGAGGUAACUUUUUAAAAAGGUUCAUUUUUUUGUAUCUGACAAUCUAAAAUUUUAGAUUUAGAGAAAUGUUUGAGUUAAAUGUUUAAGAUGCUCUUUUGUUGACCUGUACCUGUGGUGGAUUCCCUGCAAAGCUGACCUGCAAUCUUUUUUUUUUUUUUUUCUUUGCUUAAACUGAACAAGUUGUCAAUUAUUGCCAUGUAUUGACCAGUUCUGAAAAUGUAUUUUAACAGAAUUGUGAGAAUGUACACAAAACCUUGUCUAAAAUCGACAACAAUAUGUUUUUUACAACAGAUGAUAAUUUACAUGGUACUGAAGAUCAUGUCCUCUUGUUCACUGUGAUGAUUAUUACAUAAGCUUGUUGUAUGUGGCCUAACUCAGUACUGAUGAAGCUCUGCUCUCGUCUUAAACUAGUGAAGAGAAUCCUGUAUAACUGAUCGGUGCCUAAAUAAAAUAAAAAAAAAACAAUGAGUAAAA